UUUGUCGCGUCAAGGCGGCAACGCGGUAUUUCAACUUGCGUUGCAGAAUCUAGUAAAAGGAUGUUCUAGAAAGGAAAACUGAACAGUUUUUGAUCGACAUUUGAAGCAAACGGAAGUUAAACGGGAACAGACAAAUAGUCUAGAUCUAGAUCAACUGAUAAACAAAAAUUUAUAAACAAAAAACAAACAGUAGAUCUAGCAGUGAGCCAAGUGAAAAUGGCUGCUGCUGUGGCUUCAAUUUUGAAAUAUUUGGAAAAUAACAAUCAGGAUUACCCGAUGGAUCAGAACAUCGAAAUACCGCAUCAGAGGGCGAAAAAAAGGAGACUGGACCAUCUGACAUGGGAGGAAAAAAUACAACGGAAGAAAUUGAAGAACCGUGUGGCUGCCCAGACAUCUCGAGACAGGAAAAAAGCAAAAAUGGAACAAAUGGAGAAUGCUAUCCAACAAUUGUUCUCGAAAAACGAGUCCCUGAUGGCAGAGUGCGAAAGUCUCAAAUUGGAUAACCAGCGAUUGUCUCAGGAGAAUCAGGAGUUGUUCAACAGGCUGAGAGCGCCCUGUGUUAGCUGCAGUCAAAACCGGUCUGUCGCGUGCGAGGCUCCCGGAUCGACAGCAUCCGCCUGCCCGACCUCCUCGUCGGCGCAGGACCGCCUCCAACAGAGAGGCGGAGCCACGCACUCAGCAGCGGCUUUGACGGCCACGCCCACAGCGGCGCCAGCCACGCCCACAAUCACUCCUCGCUCCGCUCACCUGUUGCGUGCCCUCUCCCGGACCAUCCUUCUGACAUGCCUUCUCUGCCGGACCUCUUCGACGAGUUGGAAUGCCACCAGGCGACCGGGACGGGCGGCAACGGGCCGCCCAUCGACGGGGCGGAACUCGAACAGCUCGCGCAAAGCCUACUUAGGGACAUCGCCAGGGAUCUUGAGGCAGCUGCACAGAAGGUUGAAUGUCAUAUACUUUCAUGAGUUCAUUGUAAAAACUUUGAAAAAGUCUUAUGAAUUAAGGAAUCCGAAGGAAAUCGACAAGAUAGUGAUCGAGAAAUGGUGGGGUCGACAUCAACGCAGCUGGAACCCAGUGGACGUGAAAUCUUAGAUCAGAAUCAUCCUACUUCUGAUGUCGCGUCGCCCUCAGACCAGGCGCAGGUCGUCGAGUCCAAAGAGUUGGAACACGACAUCUCAGAAUAUCUGCUACUCCACCAUAAUUAUGCCGCAAAACCCCCAACCAAGAAACAGAAGACAUCCCAGACAAAAUUCAAAGCUAUCAGACCAAAAAUUGACAAGUCGAGGUCAAACCACAAGUCUUUAGCAUCAAAGAAAAACGACUCUCAGGAUGUGAUCUAUGGAACUUUGGAUGAUAACACCAAUGUGAUCACUAUCUUCGUUGAUGAGAAUGGUCAGCCGAUCAACGAGAAUAUCACUGAUGUGGUUAUAGAAGAUUCAAGGAGUUCUGACGACAGUCAAAUGGCAUUGAAAGAAAAAAAUACGUUAAAGGUUCCAUCGGAAUAUAAACCAAGUGCUUCUCCAGUUUCAGACGUAGGUUAUGAAUCGCUGGGUUCGCCGAAUAGCAUUGUUGAAGACAUUUGGGAUCCUUGCGUUUCAGAGCUCUUCCCUUCUUUGAUGUAAUAAUAUUGAAAACAACUCCCAAUUAUUUCAAAACUUCCAAAGAUUUAGUCGGUGAAAGUUUGCCAGAUUUUAAAUGUUUCCAAACAUGUUUUUGGACUUAAGACAUGCGAUUGAGAUUCUCAUCUGACAAUACUGGAUAAAAACCUAGUUUUAGUUCAAAAUGAUACUAAACAGUAUUUUGGAGGAACUCUGAGACGCUGGUGUCUCUCAAGUGCUUCCUUAAUGUUGAUUUUAAGUGAGGUUAAGUUAUUCUGUUCAGAUUUUUCUAGUAUCCAUGGUGAUUUAAUUUUUGUUCGUGCCGAGUUUUGUCGCAUUGUAGACAGAAAUCGGCUGUUAAAACAAAAAUCUGAGAUCACUGCGUGAAAUAUGAGUUCUGAGAAUCAGAUUAAGUUGACUUAAUUUAUUUUUGUAUUUGACGCAACUUUUUAUACAUAGAUUCUUUAUUUAGCAUAAUAAAGUGUGAGUAGUAGUUUAAA